CCCGGUGGAAUGCAAGUGUACUCGCAGCAUGCCCGUGACGCCGACCGAGGCGUGGCCAUUAACGCCGCGACCCCAGAGAUUGAUAAUAUCUGCCACGAGAUCAAGGCUGCGGUUGCCGGGUUUGGAACGGACGAAGGACGCUUGAAUCGCGCGUUGGGUGCGCGAACGUUGGCAGAGCGGUACCUCGUCAGCGUGCGUUACCCGCAAAUCCAUGGCAAGUCGCUCGUCGACGAACUCGCGAGCGAGACGUCGGGGGACUAUCGCCGAUUGCUGUUGCUGUUGGCGCAGCCUUUGGCGGACGCUGAAGCAACCAUCAUCCGUGACGCCACCAAGGGCGCGGGAACGAACGAAGACUUGUUGUUCCCCGUGUUUGGAGGUCGAACAUCCCAAGAGAUCUCGAUCUUGAAGAAGGCAUUUUUCAAAAAGUAUGGCCAGGAUUUGGUUGUGACUGUUGCCGACGACGUUGGCGGCGACCUGAAAAAACACUACCUUGCCAUCUUGAACGCGCUCACUCAACCGUACGACCCUGCCGUCCACAACCAGCACAAGGCAGAAGAAUUGGCUGAAGUCAUUUACAAGGCCGGCGAAGGGAAGUGGGGUACGGACGAGACUGCAUUCAUCAACGCGUUGGUGUCGAUCCCACCCGAGUUCUUGCGUGCGGUGGACGCAGCGUACGUGGCCAAGCACAAGAACAACCUCGCCCGCGCCAUCGAGAAGGAGUUUACGGGGCACACGGAGCGCGCCUUGAUGUACCACGUGAACAUCAUUUUGAACCCGAUCGAGACAGUCGUUGACCAAUUUGAGCGCACGAUGAAGGGCAUCGGGACUGACGAGUACGGCCUUGGCGCGGCCGUCGUGCGGUACCAGUCGAUUUUGAAAGAAGUUGCCCCGGCGUACAAGGCCAAGUACGGCAAAUCGCUUCGAGACCGCAUCCAUGAUGAAACGGGCGGCGAUUUCCAAAAGCUCCUGCUCAUUGUACUCGAGCACUCGAUCUAGAGCCUUGCUUGUUGUGGCCAGUUAACCAAACCGUUGCCUUUGACCUA